UCGCGGGCUUUUCUCCCUCAGCGACUGGGCUACUCCUUCUCUGGCACCUGAGUUCUCUCCUCAGGGACCCCAGGUGACUCUCGCUCCCUGUGAACCUCGCGAUCUCGGGUGACUGGAGGUUCCUCAGAGGACCCCGGUUCACCACGGAAGCCAACAAUGAUCUCAGUGACCUUUGAGGAUGUGGCUGUGAACUUCACCCAGGAGGAGUGGGCUUUGCUGGAUCCUUCCCAGAAGAACCUUUACAGAGAUGUGAUGUUGGAAGUCCUCAGAAACCUGGCUUCUAUAGGAAACAAGUGGGAAGACAAGAUCACUGAAGAUCAGAUUGAAAACUCUGGGAGCAAUAUAAGGCACAUCACAUCUCACUCUGGACACAAAUACUACAAGCACGAGGAAUGUGAAGAGAAGCCAUGUGAAUUUAAAAUAUUUUGGAAAUCUCUGGUUUCUCCCAAAAGUGUUCACACAAAAAUGUUAACACAAACUGGAGAUGGACCAUAUGAAAGUAUAGUACAUGGGAAAGUCAUCAGUUGUUCCAGUGACAUUCAAAGACAUGAAGAUACUCAUACUGGGUGGCAACCUGAUGAAUGUCAACAAUAUGGUGAAGCCUCUUCUUUUCUCAUAGGUGUUCAAAGACACAGGAGAACACACAGUGAAUGUAAACAUUUUCAGUGUGAGGUAUGUGGGAAAGCCUUUCAUUUCUCCUCUUUAUUUAGAAAGCAUGAAAGAACUUAUUCUGGAGAGAAACUCUGUGAAUGUAAACAAGGUGGUCAAACCUUUAUUUCACACACAAGUCUUCAAAGGCACAAGAUCACACACACGGGGAAUGCACGUUUCAAAUGUAAGGUAUGUGGGAAAGACUGUGCUUAUCCCAGUUUAUUUAGAAUACAUCAGAGAACACAUACUGGAGGGAAGCCCUAUGAAUGUAAGCAGUGUGGGAAAGCCUUUGCUACUUCCCAUCAGCUUUAUAACCACGGAAGUAUACAUACCAGAGAAAAGCCCUAUGAAUGUCAACAAUGUGGAAAAGCCUUCACUACUGCCUCUUGCCUUAAGAUACACGAACGAACUCAUACUGGAGAGAAGCCCUAUGAAUGUAAGCAGUGUGGGAAAGCCUUCACUCAGUCAUCUCACCUUCACUCACAUGAACAAACUCAUACUGGAGAGAAGCCCUAUGAAUGUAAGCAGUGUGGCAAAGCCUUUGCUAUGUCCAGUAACCUUCAGAUUCAUGGAAGAGUACAUACUGGAGAGAAGCCCUAUAAAUGUCAGCAGUGUGGCAAAGCCUUUGCUAAAUCUGGUGACCUUCACAGACAUGAACGUACUCAUACUGGAGAGAAGCCCUAUGAGUGUAAGCAGUGUGGCAAAGCUUUCACUCAGUCCUCUCACCUUCACUCCCAUGAACAAAUUCAUACUGGACAGAAGCCCUAUGCAUGUAAACAGUGUGGCAAAGGCUUUGCUAGGUCCAGUGACCUUCAAAUGCAUGGAAGAACACAUACUGGAGAGAAGCCCUAUGAGUGUAAACAUUGUGGCAAAGCCUUUGCUAGAUCCAGUGACCUUCACAUACACGGCAGAACUCAUACUGGAGAGAAGCCCUAUGAAUGUAAGCAGUGUGGCAAAGCGUUUGCUCAGUCUAGUCAGCUACACUCACAUGAAAAAACUCAUACUGGAGAGAAGCCCUAUGAAUGUAAGCAGUGUGGCAAAGCCUUUGCUUCAUCCCAUCAGCUUCACAAACAUGGAAGAAUACAUACCUAUGAAUGUCAACAAUGUGGAAAAGACUUUGCCACAUCCUGUCUGUUUCACACACGUGAAAGUACACAUACUGCAGAGAAAUCGUAUGCAUGAAAACAAUUGGUAAACUCUUCCGUUAUUACUUUUCACUCAUAUACAUGUAGGAAGUUACUGGAGAAAAAUCCUUUGAAUAUGAAAUCAUAUAAAUCAAUAUUUCAUGUUAUCCUCAAACACAAGAAAUGGCUCACACUUCUGAAAAUGUGUUUGUGUGUGUGUGUGUGUGUGUGUGUGUGUGAGAGAGAGAGAGAGAGAGAGAGACUGGGGAUUUUCUGAUGUUGCUCUACCACUGAGCUACAUUCCAGUUCUUUAUUACAUUUUAUUUUGAGACAGGGACUUCCUGCAUUUCUUAGGGUCUUCCUAAGGUGCUAAGGCUAGCCUCCAACGUUGAUCCUUCAGAAUCAGCCUCUCAAGUCUCAGGGAUUAAAGGCAUACACCAGCACAUUGGACUCAAUAACUCUUUAAAUGUGAAAAAUAUCACAAAUCAUUCCAUUUUCCCUGUUACCUUCAAAGCCAUUUCACUCAGGUUGAAAAACAAACCCUCUGAAUGUGGGAGAUUUGCUACCUCCUGCCAGCUUCCCAUUCAUCCCUGUUUUCCUUCUCAUAUAUGAAAACACUCACAGAGAGAAGCCCUAUGAGUGUGAGAAAUGUGGGAAAUCUAGUUUUCUAAGUAUUUUACUAAGGACUGGGAAGAUUCUUUUGGAAUAAAAAGAAUAAAUCCUAUGCAAAUAAGAAAUAUAAAGGUUUCAGCUGUUCUAGUUUUGUUCAGUUGUAUGAAAGGACUCAUACUGUAGAAAAUGCUGAGGAUAAGCCAUGUGGGGCAGUAUUCAACUUUCAGAGUUUUCUUCAAAGGUGUAAAGACUUCAUAUCUGGGAAGAUCCUUUUUCUCUCUUUAAAAAUUGUAGUAAGGCUUUCAACUUUCCAGGUCCCUUUGAACAGCAUUUAAGAAAUCACACUAGACAAAAGCCCUGUAUAUAGAAAUGUGGUAGGACCUUUGCUUGUUUCAGAUCCAUUUGAACUUGUUCAGACUUGAGGAAAUUUUUAUUUUAUUUCAUUUUAUUUAUUUCUUUUGAGAAAACCACUGUAGGUGUGUGAAAAGGUAUGUGCCUUAGUCCUUUUUUUACCUAUUCAGAGGUAACAAAAAUGCACCCUGGGAUGGAGAGGAACAUUGCAUCAGCAUGAAGAUUUGAAAGCAACAUGUUUUUCUGGGUUAAAUCUCUCUUAUUGUUAGAUUCCAUUUUCAUGUGUUUUAAGUCUUUUCUGUCUAAUGUUUCAUUACAUAUUGUGAAUGUUAGUUUAAGCCUCUCCACUCCAGCCUUUGGUACAGAUUGAUGAAAUGUCUCUUCUGAACUUUUUUCCUUCUUUCUUUGUUCACAUUUCACCCAGGAGUGCUCUACCACAGAGUUUCUCCACAGUCUUUUUAAUUGUUAUUUUUUGAAAUGGGGUGAGGCUGGGAGCUGGAAACAUAGUGAUGUGUUUGUGUACCCUGCAGCUGGCCUCUUUCUUGUCCUUGAUUGCUUAUUUAUCUGUUGAUGACUCUGAGACCCCACUCUUGUCACUUAUGCUUGUCCUAAGUCUCAUGUGUUGCAUUGUAUGUAGACACAUUAAAGAGCAUUGAAAAAUAA